ACACCCCCCCUGCGUACGCGCCUGUCCAUAAUAUAUAUUUUGAGUAGCGCCCCAAGGGAACCAAGGUGCACUUGGACAAAAACAGAAAUGAAUGAUAUUUUCAGUUGUGCGACAAACACGUUGGAUCGAGUUGUCCUUGUCUACGUCACAAUCCACGAACAAAAAUUUCGAAUUGGAGACUCGCACGUAUAUUUAGCUAUCGUACAUUUUAAACAUUCAUGAUUCUCUUAUUAUUGUUCCGAUUUAUUUUAAACUUUCCCCAAUCUGUUAAUCUUUCUCUUCUGCCUUCAAACAAAUGAAUAUAUUACAAGGGUUGAAAAUGCUACCACAUGAUAUACAUGUAGUGUCGACGUGAUAAUAUUCCACCUGAGUCUGAAAAAUAUAUCACAUACAUAUAAAAAACAAUACAACCGAUAAAAAAGCACUGACAUUUAAUUCUGUCUAUUCAACCACUUUUUAUUGUGGGCGACGUAGGCCUAUACGACGCAAUAUAUUCUCAACAUUUUAAAGAUAAUAUUGUAUUGAGGAUCACGAUUCAAGUCCAUUAUCAGCGUUGACACUGUGUAAAAUACAUGUACUGUACGUUCAGGCAACUACAUGUAUUACAGUAAGCAUUUCUCACAAACCCGUAUGAGACCGCCGAGCGAAUGCGCUUACCCGCUGUGCAUAAUAUAUUCUUGUCUUGCUUAGGAACCUAGGAUAUAUUACUCGAGCAUCAUGGAAAGGAGGACAGUAAAGAUAUGUUUGAUUGUAUUAGUUUCAUGUCUAUCAUUAACGUCAGCUGGUAAUGUUCUCAUAUCUGUGACGCUAGGAGAAGGCAGCCAUUACAUGGCAUCUACCGCGAUAGGCGAAUCCCUUGUUCGCCGGGGACACAAUGUCACCGUUCUGAUCGGAAACGCUCAUGAGCACCGCGCCAAACACCCCGUGCACUCGAAAAUCUUCAACUUCGAGAUCUACACUUAUCCAGAGCCGGUGGAAAAAGUUCGCGAGAGGAUGGAAAAAGUGUUCAGUCAGGCCUUCGAGAAGGAGUUCCAAUUUGACAUGAUAUGGAACUUUACCGACGUGCUGGCGCCUUAUGUCAACUAUUGUCGGAGUGCUUUCCGAGAUCGGGAACUUAUGGGUCGUCUGGAGCGCGCCAAAUUUGACGUGACGAUCCUCGAUGUGACAUGGCUGUGCAGUGUCCUGAUCAGCGAGCACCUCAACACGACCAAUGUUCUCUUCAACCCGAUGGCCUCCCAGUACUAUGUCGCCGAAAUGAUCGCAGGGGCUCCCUUUCUACCAGCAGUCAUCCCCGACGGAAUAUUAUGCCCCCCUCAAAAGAUGACCUUCUUCCAACGCGUCAAAAACGUCCUCCUAGUCUUCGCCCUGAGACGGUUAUUUUACAUCUUUGCUAAUAUGAUCUAUCCUAUCCAAGAGGAAUUUAAUAUUUUGAUGGACCGGUCUAUGCAAGAUUACAUGAGCGAGGUCGAGCUUUUGUUGAUGAGUAUGGAUCCGGUGAUCGACUAUGUUGUCCCUUUCCCGCCGGCGGUCGUCGAAGUCGGUGGACUCCUUACUCGACCAGCAAAUCCUCUUGAAAAGGACCUCGAUGACUUCAUGAACAGCUCAGGUGAUGACGGGGUGAUCAUCCUCUCCCUCGGUACCUAUGUCAAGGUGAUGCCACAGCGGCUCAAUGACCUCUUCGCCUCGGUAUUCGCUAAGCUACCCCAGAAGGUCGUUUGGCAGCUGCCCGACAAUUCGACGACGACACUGAGCCCGAACAUCAGGACGAUGGGGUGGCUGCCACAGAAUGACCUGCUUGGUCAUCCGAAGACGAAACUAUUCAUAUACCAGGGCGGCAACAACGGUCUCUACGAAGCCCUGUACCACGGUGUCCCGACCCUUGUCCUCCCUGUCUUUGCUGACCAGUUAUGUGUUGCGUCCAGGGUCUUAGAGAAAGGAAUGGGGUCAUACUUGGACAUCCAUACUCUCACUGCAGAAGGUGUAUACGAUGCGAUAAAGAUGAUUUUAAGCAACAAUACGUAUGCCGAAACUGCGAAGCGACUAUCGGCGAUAUACCGUGAUCGUCCGGAAACGCCUGCUGAACGUGCUGCAUACUGGGUCGAACACGUCAUGAAAUUUGGCGGGAAAUACAUGGAAUCGCCUGCCAAACAUCUCAGCUUUAUUCAGCUUUCUCUUCUUGAUGUUUAUGCAUUUUUAAUCUUCUGCUUAAUAGUAGUUGUAGCUGUCAUUUUCUUAUCUUGUCGUUGCGUGUUCCGUUGCUGUGGUGCCAUGUGCAAAGGAGGCAGUAAAAAGAAGAAAGAUUAAUAAUUGUUUUAAUUUAAAAAUAUGUAUUUCUUCGCUAAUGUAAUUAUGACUAAACGUGAGAAAGAUGAACGAUUCUGUAAUUUUAAAAAUAUAUGUUUUAUAGAAAUCUUAGUUGAUCUAAGUGAAAAGAAGAAUGAUUUAUGAUUAUUUUACUUCACGUUUUAUAUUUGUUUUAGUUGAUUUAAGCAAGAAUGUAUACAUUCUGAAAUAGUUUGUAAAUUUUUAUCUAGCUGUAGGCCUUCAUAAUUAUUACGUAGGCCUAAUUAUUGUUCUGUUCUGACAAAAAUAAUAUUGUAGCAUGUUUUAGUAUAUAAUGGUGUGACCACAGUUCGCUUUGACCUAAAUUCGCGCACAGAUCUAUAUCUUGAAAAUCGACCAAUCAAAAGAGGAACAUAACAUUUCCUAGUGACGGAAUUUUCUUUGGAAAUUAUGAAAAUAUUGACAAAAGAUCGGCAAAUUGCGCAAAAGAUUCCGAAAAAGAAUAUGAACUUACCGACAAGUGUCUGGGAAUCUUCUUUGGAAAGGAGAAUCCAUAAGUUAUACCAACUGAUCGUAUGAUAAUUAUAAUUCCUUUUUUUCAAGUUAAAUUGUCUUACCUUUGAUAGGUCGCUUUUCGGACAAAAUUCUGUAAACUCUCGUGCGCGAA